GAGUGCGUACCUCAACAAAAUCCCAUCCACGUCAACUUUCUUUACUCAAUUGACCACCUCAAAGCCUUUGGAACUUGACCGAAUUACCUCAACUGAACAAAAAGUCGCAAUCCCAUUCUCAACAUGUUCCGUAUCCAACCCGUACGCGCAAUCCAACGCGUAGCCUUUGCCCGCCCUCCAGCUGUCGGUCCCCGGUUCCUCUCGACGACUCCCGCGCGGCUUGCGCAAAAAGACGCGCAAGACAAGGACUCGCUCAAGCCACGAUCGACCGAGUACUCCAAGUCUGGCUCGGACGAUGGCGCGGCACACUCUGAGACAGCUUUCGACCCUUCAAAGACAUCUCCCGAGGAAGAAGAGGCAACAUCUGAGCGCGAGGCUGGCGGGCCAAACAACAGCAUGAAUGUGAGCCCGGGCAACAAGGACAUUAGCGAACCCAACCGCCCUGACGCGGGACAUGGAGGCGCACCGAAUAAGAAGAGCAGCGGGGCGGGCAGUGCGCCAAAGAACAGCACUGGAUGAGCGUUGAGAGUAUGGUUGAUAUCUUGGGUGUAUGGUCAGCCAGUGAGGGGUCGCGUGUAGGCUGGCGGCCGCAUGAAGGAUACAAAACAAUUCAUGGCGUACUGGGGCUUAUGGGAUUGUAGUUACUCUAGCUGGAAGUACUUUGAUCUAGCAUGGAGAUUGUAUAUACUGUGCAGUGACGAGGGCAAUUGACGCGUUGUUCAAC